AUGCUCAAGCGCACGGGCCAUGGCCGCGGGAAGGGCUGGAAGGCCAACGAGGAGCUCGAUCUCCUCGCCUGCGUCAGCGACAUAUUGCCCGUCGACACGAACGAGUGGGAAGACGUCGUGAUCGCAUACAACUUUCAUCGGCAGCGAGCCGACCGCCGCGACUUGCAGUCGGUCCGGCGCAAGUACAAGUCGCUGCGCAACAUGGCCAGUGGCACAGGAAGUCUCACGACGCGCCAGCACUCGGCCGAGGCGAAGCGCAUUCAAGACGACAUCAACCGUAAGAAGGCCGUGCUGACGCUCGGUCCUAGCGACGGCACUAGCAACAACUUUGCCGCUCCGACGGCGGAAGAGCCCGCGCCAGAGGCGAUCGAGCCGCCGGCCGCGCCGCUUGCCAACGUCUACGCAAGCCAAGGGCUCCGCCCCAAGGAAAUUGCAGCGUUUAGCAAGCGCGUACCCAAACGUGGCACGGUGCCACCCAGCCGGCGGCAGAUUUUGAUUGCAAUGCGCAACACGGCGUCCACGCCCGAGGGUGGUGACGACGAGGUAGCGAGCCCCCCGGUGCUGCGUCUGGAGACUACCGAGUAUGCGGCCGCCAUGGACGCUGUCGAGCCGCUACCCCGGCCCAUGAGCAGUGAGACACCGCGACGCCUGGCGCCACUUGCCAAGCGACCGCGCUCCGAGGUCGAGGACCACGUGCUCUCACGUUUGCUGGCAAUGGAAGAGUCGCGCGAACGCUGGAUGCGGGAAAUGGAAGAGCGCCGCGAGUCCCGCGAACGCGAGCGCGACGAGCGCUUCGAAGCGCUGCGCCUCGAGCGCGAGGAGCGGGACCGCCAGCGUGAAGAGUAUCGCGACAAGAUGGACGCGCAGCGGGAAGAGCGAGCGGCGCGGCACGACGAGCUCAUGGCCAUGGUUCUCUCCAAACUUUUGCAGCCACCAGCAGCGUUUCUGCCACGCGAAGGUCCCGCCAUUUAGGAACCCGUGCAUUUUGAGAUGCAGCCACUGUGUAUAUCGUAAGGCAGUGUCACGCGAGGAAUACCAUGCAGGUAC